GUUUCCUACCUCGUGUGUCACACAUACAUGGAGAAAUCCUGCAUACAGCACUGCGGAUCUGUUAUCUCACUGUUAUUAAUGAGUAUUUCUUAAUCGAGAAGUUAUCCUGUUUGUGAGCAUACAUGGGUACUGGAGGUGUGUGAGAAGCCAAGCCCUGCUCCUGGGCAGAUGUUCAGAUGGCUUAAGAUGGGGAGGUCACAAUUAUUGCACUCACAAAUGAGUAUUGGGAAGGUCAGACCUGAAAUGCCUCGGUGAGAAGCAGUGCUCACACUCCAAAAUCUAUGUAUCUCGUGUUUUCCUUUUGGUGUUCAAAUCCUCCUCCUGCCUGUCAGCCAGCAGCCAUGAAUCACUCCUGGGCACGUGGUGAAUGCAUGAAGGCUGCAAAAUAUUUUGGUGGAGGAGAGGAACGGGGGUGGGAGCACGAGAUAACCCGGCAGACUGCUCCCAGCCCUCCCAGUGCCGAGGUUCUGCAGCCUCCAGCAUUUACAUUCAAGGGCAUCUUUAGAUAUUGUAGUGCAGUAGGGCUGAUAUUUCCAGGAGUCAUCAAGGGUUGCAAGUAAAAAUAACUUCCCUGGGGCAAGUCCCGGCUGCUCACCAGACUUUGUGGCUUCUGCCAUCGGGAGCUGGAGAAGAUUCAGAGGAAAAAGAGACCCUGAGAAGUGCCCUCCCCCAACAGCAUCCUUUCCCAAAGCUCUGCAUCUCCCAUAGGGGUGAUGUUAGCAAUGAGUCGCUGUUAUAACAGCCCUUGUUGUCUCUCCGACAGCUUCACAGAAGCCAUGAAGAGCCAGCCGAAGCUGGAGGGCUUGGACAGCCACUGGGCCCAUUACUCAGGCUUGGCCAUCAUGGCUGUAGGGACCUUGUUUGUCAUCUCCAGCUUCUUAGCACUGGGAUUCACCGGGACCUUCCUAGGGGAUUACUUUGGCAUCCUGAUGGAGGCAAAAGUGACCUGCUUCCCCUUCAGCAUCCUGGAUAACCCCAUGUACUGGGGCAGCACGGCUGUCUACCUGGGCUGGUCCCUCAUGCAUGCAAGCCCAGCUGGCCUUUUGCUGACAGCUGUAGUGGCAAUUUCCUACACAAUUGCAGUGCUGUACGAGGGGCCUUUCACAGAGGAAAUCUACCGUCAGAAACAGAAGGCAGCAAAGAGCAAUUAGCGACAGGUACAUUUCCAAAAUGGCCGUGCCAUGUGCUCUGGGUUCUGCACGAGGUCCUUACCAGACUCUGCUCUUUGCCUCUCACAAUGCAGUGCCUCGGACACCUCAUGCAGCGUGCCCUGCUGCGCCUCGUGCUGUCCAAUCUGCCCAUUUUCCUACUGAGAUGUUUCCUAGUAAUUAGCCCAGCAACCCCUAAUGAGCCAACUGAGCACCCUGCAGUCUUGGAAGCCAUCAGAGGAACAGUGUGAGCACGGCGUAGGAGCUGGAGAGCCCCAUUCAGCCCCUCGACCUGUCCUCCCACACUGACAGCUGAAGAUCUGCAGGGACGAAGCAACCCAGCUCCAGCACCAGCCUGGAGGGCAGAACAGCGGUGGAGGCACCGGGGGCCUUUUGGAAGCAAGGUGUGAGCGUGCAGCAGCAUGGCAGCAUGAUCCUCCAUGCCUACAGCUGCUAAGGACGGGGUGCAUUGGAAGGCCGUUCCUCAGCGUUGGGCACUUUGUGCUUUUUGGACAGCACAUUGGACCUCAUUGCUCGCUCUGCAGGCUGGAUGUGGAAAGGAGGGCACAGCUCACUGAUCCUCUGUAGCAAACAGAUACUGCCAAAGAGGCAUGGCUUGAUCAAAGUGGUGCCCAUGCAGCUCUCAAACUGCAGGGGGACGAAGAAGGGCAACCGCUGCAAAUCUGACCAUAAACCCGUCCGGAGCAGAGAGACCUCCUCGUCCACCCCGUGCUUUCCCACUGCUGCACAGCUCUGUAGCAUCUCUGUGCUAUUUGCAAAGGCUCCUAGACAGGGGACAGCAGGGCACAUAGAUAUGAAUGCCUGAGAGGACGGAGACAUGGCAGCUGACCCAUGGCAAAGCCCCAGCAUGGAGAAACCAGUCUGGAAGUGGGGAAGACCAAUGGAAAGAUUCAGUCCCCAUCAGCAGAGUGAGCAGUCCCCUGGUGCCGGUGCCCCACUGCCCCAUGGCUCUCUGGGCCCCAGGGACAAACCCCAUCCAGCCCCUCCAACCCCAUGCAGCUCCUCCUUUCUCCACGGCCACACGAGGCUCCUGCCCACCAUCCCACCACACAGUGCCUUGCCCCCACCGGCCGGGAUGAAACGCAGCCUGGGCUCCUCCCUGCUGCUGGAUCCGGCUCCAGAAAGAAGGUCCCGGGGCUGACGCCACAGCCCCAUACUCAGUGUUUACAGAUUCCCAGAACGGUUUGAGAAAUAAGCUAUAAAUGACGAAAAAAAAGCCACUAAAAACUAAAGGGAAGGGAUCAGCGAUGCUCCCGGCUCCCGUGGGGACAUGGGCUGAGUCUGAUCCUGCAGUUACGCCAUGCUUCGUCCCAGCAUCACAACGUCCCCUCUGGAGAAGGUCUUCACUUCUCCCAGCACAUCAGUCCCAUUCCCUCCUGCUCGUGCCUGGCUGUAACUCACCCUUCCAGCAUUGCUCAAUGGGAAUUAAAGUGUCGGUUUCUUUCUCUUU